UUUUCAACAGUCCAGGUUUCCCCCAGAAGGAGCUAAAGUUAUCUAAAAGAGGAUAUAUAGAAAUCCUCAACUCUCUUCUGUGGCACCUUCAUCCAACUCCUACACCAUGGCUGUGGAGAUUGUGCUGUCCUUGUUCCUCUCUGCUGGUCUGUGUGCGGGGCUGCCCACUGUCAUCUGGGCCCUCUACUCUCUGAGACGCUAUCAAGAUGCAGGGGGUCAUGUCUCAGCCUUCAUCAUCUUACUCAUCCUAAGCGACAUAGCGGAGCUGCUCAUGAGUCCUUUUGUGAACACAAACUUUCUGGAUGGAAAUCCAUGCUAUCGUUUUUUACCCUGCUGGGUGCUUUACAGUGUAUUUUCAGUGGCAAGGCUUGGGGGUUUGCACUUUCACCAGCUGGUGGUGCUAAAGGGGAUUCUGUCUCUUGUUUACCCAUCAUGCUCUGUGCAUUUCCUCUGGUGCUUAAUUUUUUCUGUCACCAUGUGGAUCUUUGUGAUCUGCUGUCACUUUUUCACCUUUGGCUACACCAUCAACCUCAUCUUCUGUGUGGUGCCAGUGAUCCUGGCCAUCAUAACAAGUGUGUUUACCAUCAGACUUUCUCACUCAUCUCCUAGCCCACUCAGACACAAGCGUCCAGGUUUCUCUGUGCUUGCAGUUGCCCUGUUCACCCUUGUAGUGCUCUACAUGCCGUGUUUGGUCCUGAGCUGUGUGACCUAUCCUGACCCUUUUUAUGACUCCCCAUGGGCCACUACAGUUGUGUCCAUCAUGAGCUUACGAGUGGUGACAGAACCUCUGUUGUGUGUGCUGGUGUGCAGGUGUAACCUGCGUUGUGUUGAACCGUGCGGAUCAACACUGCAUUCUCCCACGCAAACAGCAGCACCUCAAAUCGGAAGUCGAGUGUAUAUAGAGUAA